UCCCUUUCAAGUACAAAAUGUAACCAUUACCGAAUGGGUAUUUACAUCCUAAAGAGCCUAUGACGCAGUCAUGACUCCGCCCCUAAGGUAUCAAAAGGACUGCGCUCACAGAUUUCGGUGCCCUUUUUCCUCUCAAGACUGAUCUGAUUGGAGAGCCUUAUUCAGAUAAUUACAAUUGUUGCUACUAUAUGUAUAUAUUUAACAUUUUUUGUGUUUUACACAAAUUAUAUGUGACAUUUAAACUAAUCACUUUAAUAAUUUUCUAUUAUAAGUAUUGUGUGCACUACAGCCUGUUGCUAGUUACGUCCUGCUGCGGCCUUGUGCCCCGUGUGAAGCCAGUGGCUCGAGUCCCUCCUUCCCAGGGAUCCAGCAACAUAAGUCGGCUGACUAUGUGCUCUCCCCCCCAGGCUACAUAGGUCCGGCUGGAGGUUAUUUUAUUUCUCGUUUUUGCUUUUUAGCACUAUGAGAUGUUUUAUAUUAUUUAUGUAAUUGUUUAAUUACUGUUUUUUGUUUGUUUGUUUUUUGGUUGUUGUUGCUUGCAAUUUUAAUUUUUUUGGUGACAGCUUUUAAGCAUCACCAGUGUGAAGGCUGUUAGUCCAUUCUAACAAGCAGACUUCAGUGCUAAAGUCACCAAAAACAGUAUCGACCUGAUACCGUCCCAAUACCGUCCCAGUACCGUCUCAAUACCGUCCCAGUACCGUCUCCGUACCGACCCAGUGCUAAGUCACCGACCUGGGUUCCAAAUAGUACCAAAGCUACCGAACCAGCCUGGCACUGACCAGGUUCUGAACCCAGUUCCAGCCCACUAGUGACCGGUGCCAAGGUCACCGGUCCGGUACCGAACUGGUCCCGCUUGGGUCUUGACCCGUCCGGUUGGUAUUUAAGCAUAUUGAGGCAAAAGCUGUGCAACCCUAUACUGUGCAUUGCAUUGCUUGCUCCUUGCAUCAUGCCCAGGUUCUAUCCCUGUGAGACAUGCAAGGCCAGUCUGCCUAUGGAGGACAAGCUCUUUCUGCCUGGGGCCAGAGCAUUCCAAGGAGGCACUAGUUAAUCGCAGCUUCUGCAAAUUUUGAGCCCCUUUCUCCUAGCGCUCACUUGAGAAACGUUUAUCCCGCAGCUCUAAAGAGCAUUCUGCAUCCCUUACUCCUGCUCCACGCUCUUCCCCAUCACCCUCUCUUAGAGAGGUGACUGCGUCCUCACUUCAUGGCUCUGCACCAAGGAAGAGCGGACAACGCAACAGGGAAAGUAGCCCAAGCAGGAAACUGUCUUCAAGGUCUUCCUCAUCCUCCUCUGAAGAGGAAGAAGAGUUGCCGCUCCAGGCGAUUAGCAGACUCGGAGCAGAUGGAAAAGAUCUGGGCAGCUGUUUCCCACCAAGGAACUGUUCUUGCUGAAUUACUGCGGGGACACUCGGCUCCACCUGCUCCGUCUGCCCUGUGAUCCUCAAAAGGGUCUAUUCAGCUGGGGCAUUCGCUGCACGGCUAGGGAACUACAAUAGCAUUCAAAGCGUCUUUCUUGUUUGCUAUUACGUCUGCAAAGCAGCGUGUGAGUGAGAUGCCGCAUUCUCCGUUGCAAAAGCCUGUUUAAUUUUUACAGAGGCUAGGACAAUCCUGCCUUUUUGCCAAAGACGAUCUCGGCAUUUCAUGUCAAUCAGUCUGUGGAACUGGAGACUUUCCAACCACCUUUCCGGUCUGACAGGGAGUGACAGCUCCAUAAGCUCUGCCCAGUGCAGGCCCUGACAUCCUACAUUGACAGGAUAAGAAGUUGGAGGCACGCCGAACGAUUUUUUUGUCUGCUAUGGGGCUAAAUCCCAUGGUCAAGCCCUGUCUAAGCAGAGGCUGUCCAAAUGGAUAGCAAACACAGUCAGGACUGCCUGUGAACUGACCAAAUGUCCCCUCCAGAAAAGCUCACUGCCAAUUCCACCAGGGGCAUGGUAACUUUGUGGGCUUUAUUCCAGGGUGCAUCUGUCAAAGACAUUUGCAAUCCAAAGGGGUGGGCUACUCCCUAUACCUUCACUAGGUUCUACAGACUUAAUGCUGUGAACCCUCAAAACCCUGGUUUUGGAACUCGAGUGUUAAGGGUGGCCUAUUAAAACAAUGUUUUAUGGGUCAUGGACUCUCAACAUUGCAGACCCGUUUACAGGUUCAAAUGUUAAAUCCACUUAACUGUAGAUCGCUCUUAUAGUAAAGGACAGAAAACCACUAAAAACUCCAAUACACUGAUUCAGGAAUAUGUGUACUUGUUUGUGUUUAAUUCUCAGUAUAGGUCAACAAUUUUGAUUAACAUAACUUUUUUGGCAUUUUAUGCAAUGUUGGCAUUAAAAUAAUUGCACACAGUUAUUGCUUUAAUGAUAAAGAUAGAAUAUUCGAUUUUAAUAAUAGUCAAGUAAAUACACAAAUAUUUGCUAAAAUUGUUUGCAAUCCGUGAUGGUACUAAAAAUAUUGUGAUCCACUGCAUUGUUGAAAUAUAUUAAAUAUACGGUAUAUGAAAGAUGCCUAAGAAUAAAAAGCGUGGAUACACUAAAAGUCUUUUUUUAUUGUGAUAUAAUGAUGUUUAAAAAGCACAUGUAAAACUCUGCACUGUAUAUACAGUAAAUGUAGAAGACAAAGAACGAAUGGUACUAUGUGAAAUAGUCACAGGAAGCAGCUUCCUGUUUGCCAUAUUUGGUUAGGCUACUUCCUGUAGCACUCUGUUUUGAAAGAAUUGAAACCUCCCUGAGAUGUGAACGGGCCAAUCAGAUUCAUUGUCAGAAAUAAAAUACAGAAACAUGCUUAAGACUGGCAUUAUAAAGUGUGUGCCUUAGAGAGUGUAAAUCAUAAAUGCACGUGGAUGUAAUGUUAAAGUAGAAACUGAAACUUAACCAUUAGCAAUGAGGGUUCCUCCAAUGCCGCUGAAUAUCAAAAUUGUGUACUUUGCCAAAGAUAAUGAAGAGCCUUACGUGGAGAUCAUCACUAUCAAUGAGGCAAGGAGACGGCAGAGCUUUGGCAGUUUGGAGGACGAAGUAUUGGAAGACCUGCUGCCUGUCUUGAAGGAUCACAGUGUGCUCUUAGAAGAUCCACACAUUGAAAAGCUGGCACAGUAUCUACCUGCCAGGACUCAGGGGUAUCCGUGGAGACUGGCAUACAGUACAGCAGUGCAUGGAAGCAGCUUGAAAACCCUGUACCGCAACAUGGCAGAUCUGGACAGUCCUGUGCUUCUGGCUAUUAAAGAUGCGGACAAUCAGGUCUUUGGGGCACUGACAUCACAUCCUUUCAAAGUUAGUGAUCACUGUUAUGGCACAGGAGAGACCUUUUUCUACUCUUUUAAUCCUGAGUUUAAGAUCUUUCGAUGGAGUGGAGAAAAUUCUUACUUCAUCAAAGGAAAUAUAGAUUCUCUACAACUGGGAGGUGGCGGAGGAUAUUUUGGUUUGUGGCUGGACUCAGACUUGUAUCGCGGCUCCAGCUACCCCUGUGAAACCUUCAGCAAUGAACCUCUAUCAAAGAAAGAGGACUUCAUUGUCCAGGACCUUGAAGUGUGGAGCUUUUGAAUAAACAAGCAAAGAAAACCUUAGUUAUGUACAUGGUUUACAUGGAAGGGGCCACUCAACAUUUGAGUGCACUGGUUGGUUAUAAUCCCCAAUGCUGGCUGCCUUAGACCCCAAACGCAGUGCUUGUAAGCCCUGUCUGUGCCACAGCAUGCUGGUGAAUGUGAGCCGCUUUACAAAAGCAGAACCACAAAAAGCUAGUGAGGGACACAAAGACAUUUGCUUUCUAGUUACUUCCAUUGCCUUUUUUCAAGUGAGAACACAUUUACGCUCGUAUAAGGAACCAGUUAGCAAUGAGGGUCGUUACACAUGUGUAACAUAAAACACGUGCGAGUACUGUGUAUGAAAGGGCAGACAAAGAAGACCUGCUUAAAAAUGUGUUCAGGGUCAAUAUUGCUGAUACUGUCAUACACAACACCAAUAUUAUCAAGGGAGUUUUAAAACAUAGAACAUAGUCAUAGUCAACAGGUACACAAAAGUCUACCAAUUAAAUCACAACUCGCAGUAUGUUUUUAACAUAUGCUUGUCACCUACUUCCUCGUGUUUUUGAGAGUGGUUUAUCUUGGAUUCUUUUUACAGCAGACCUGGUUGAUUUUCUCUCGGGACAUCUCACAAAACCACUGAAAAAAAAAAAAAGAUUAGUGGAAAGCCACAUUUCAGUGUAUAGCGUCUCGGUACUUCUGAGGAAAUGGACUGUGGAAGUGAAUUCUGUAUCGAGGAGCUUUUUAGAUUUUCACAUUCCAUUUAUAAAUUGCUUGUUGUCUGUCAGUUCACAUGUUCCAGACUUAUUUAUUUCUUCCAAUUUAUGGAAUGAAAAUACUACAAAAAGGGAAGAUACGGACCAUCAUAAAAUUCUGAAAAAAUAAGAUGCUUUCACUUCUCAAAAUACACUAGUAGUUUGUUUUACUACAGACAACAAUACAAGAAGAAACCCGUCAGUUUCGAGUAAUCUUAGAAAUGCAGGAUCACUGCAACCCAUGAAUAAAGCCAAGUACGAUAUUACUAUAACCAAGAAAUAAUUGUUGCUGUAUUCAUUCUACACGAAUAACAGUAAUAAAAUAAUCUGAACAGUGCAAAUACUGUAACCUGGCCAAAACAAUAGAAAAUACAUUCCAACAUUACAAUAAAACAAAUUUAAAAGAGAUGGAUGCAGUAAUUUUAUCAAUUAAAUAUGUGAUUUAAAACCAAGAUUAACUGAGAUACAUUUUUUAAUCUCAAGUUUAAUCACUAUAAUUUUUUUUAAUCGCUUAACAGCCCGAAUAUAUAUAUGUACAGUGUGUGUGUGUGUAUAUAUAUAUAUAUAUAUAUAUAUAUAUAUAUAUAUAUAAAUCAUUUUUGGAAUGUUUGUUUUUUGUUCUUUAAAAAUGUUUAGAAGUUUUCCCUAAUUUAUUUUAGGGAUUUUAUUUUCUUUUUCUUUCAGUGGCACUGAAUAUUCAAUAUUCAGCAUUUUUAUGAUGAUGAUGUAUUUUCCUGUCAUUACAGACAUUUUGAACAUGUAUACUGUAGAAAAUGUAGUACCUGACAGUAAUGCUUUAAGCACACAAAAUUUGUUUCAGUAAAUUAUCAGAUUGUGGGUUGCCUGCUUUCACAAAGCCAGUCAGAGCUCAUGCUUUGUUGUGGCAUGUUUGCCACAUUGCUUUCGAGAAAAUGAUUAGGAGUGAUAUUGUCCACAAUUAAACUAAUUGAAGUAAAUAAACAUUUUACAUUCUGGCAGCCCGAGGAUUAAACAAGAAAUAUAGAUGGUCAUCCAAAACUGUGAAAGCUGGUUAGCUUUAGACUAUAACAAUGGUUUUACUACAGUAUGUAUGAUUUGUUUAAACCUUUCAUCUUGCAUUUCUCUGACAUUUUUUGCAGUAAUGCUGUCCAUUGACCAGCAGGCCAGUCUCAGUUUUGCUUCUGGUUUGAUUUCCAAUGUGAAACAUAAAAAAACUUAAGUGAAAUGCUUUGACAAAACUGGAUCCAUUGUAGUGAUCUAAACAGUGGUGGAUCUUAAUGGACUUUCAUAAUUCUGUCACACGUAUCUCUCCUCUGUAUUUUUUUUUGUCAUGUUAAAAAGAGGGUGAAUAAGUCACCCCUAUGGGAAAACACCUGUGAGAGUUCAACGCUUUAGAUUUUCAACAUAGACAGUCUUGUGUUUUUUGGUUAAUAUGGAAAUAUAUUGAGCAAAAGUUAUAUUUGUAAAAAGCUGUUAGUUCACCAGGAAGUACAUCUUAUUCUAGAAGAACAGAGUCCUGUCACCCAAGGACAACUUCUGCUUUUGACUUGUAUACAGUGUUACCAACUUGUGAUGUUCACUGUUUUAUGCUUACUGUCACACUUCACGUCACAUUUGUAAGAGCGACUAUUUUAGCCCUCAGUCAUAAAAAUGGCUAAUGUCUGUUUAAAAGUUGUAUCACUGUUGUUAAAGAAAACGAUCUAAGCUUUGCUGACUUAUUUAAAAUAUAUCCAUGUUUCAUUACAAUCACACUAUAUACAAAAUACACAGUAUUCCUUACUAUGUUCUUUGGGAAACCAAAAAUAUAUUCCUUUAGCUGUGGUCUUAUCAACAAUGUAUUUAUUGUAAGGCUGUUGCAAUGUUUUCAAUAAAUAAUUGUGUGUUAA